CAAGUUUCUCAUCAAAAUCAUACAGUCAUACAUAGGGUUUGCAACCCCCAUCAUCCUAUAUCUUCCUACGCUCUAUUCUCUGUUCUUCUAUUCUCUCUUCUUCGAAGACAUCCAUAUUCAAUUCGGAUUCACAAAUUGUCUUCUGUUGACAAUUAAUUGAAUAUUCCUUCGUUCAAUUUGAUUCAAGACGAAAAUCACUCAUCAAACUUCACCUGAUGUCCCAAUAAGUCGACCGACCCCCAUCCGAGAGAGCUCGAGAGCUUGGUUCCGACGUUAUUUCUACGUUUAAUUAUCUGCGGUUCGUCUCAUCAUGAGUAACACCAGUCUACUCACUACUGCCAUUGGCUGGACGGUUGUCAUCGGCGCAGCAGGAUACUACUACCUCAACAACAAAUCCAAGAAUAAACCCAAACCUCAGAAUGUUGUUAAGCAAGCCAGUAAAGUUGUUGAAGAUCGCAAGGAACCAAAGUCCAAGAAGUCCAAGAAGGAUAAUGGAUUGAGCAGUGGUGAACAGGACAAUAAGUCUUCCGCCAAGACCGAAAAGAAGAAGACUCCUGCUCCUCAGAAAACCGAACCCAAGCAGGAAACUGCUAAGCCUGUCGCCAAUGAUUCCGAUGAUGAUGAUGCGGAGAACAACCGUAAAUUUGCUCUCCAAUUCGCCAAAACUCAAGCUGGUACUCAACUCUCUGGUAAAUCUUCUACAACUGCAAAUCGUCAAAAGUCUGUCAAACAGUCUCGUGCGCAAGAAAAGGAAAUUAAAGACUCUGGAAAUAUCACCGCUGGCGAUGCUGAUGAUGAUCAAUCAUUCACUGAUUCUCCUGAAGUUGGCCCAACCAGUGUUACAUCUCCUAUCGCAAGUGGUAUCGCUGAUAUGCUUGAACCUGCUGCUCCUGGUCCAUCCGUCUUGAAAGUUACUGAACCUACCAACCCUAAGCCAGCCAAGAAAGAAAAAGCCAAGGCUGCUCCACAACCUACCGAGACAAAGAAGCAAAGACAAAACCGCGCCAAGAUUGAAGCUGCCAAACUCGUAAGAGAGCAAGAAGAAAAGGAACGCAAGAUCAAGGAGGAAAAGCAACGUCGUACAGCUAGAGAAGCCGAGGGUAAGGCUGCUAAGGAUGGUAGUCAAUUCAUGGCCUCCCAAGCUGCUAAGUCCGCUUGGACUGCCUCCUCUGCCGACAAUGCCACAAACAUUUCCGGAAAUGCUGGCACGUUCGACUUGCUUGACACCACCGAGGAUAAGACAGACAAGAAGGCAGCUCCUCCGGUUGGAAGCUUCUCGGAGAGCGAGGUUGCAGGCAGCCAAUGGCAAGGAUAUGGAGAUUAUGAUGAGCAUGUCAAGACUGUCAUUGAAGAUUCUCGUGAAUGGGAGCAAGUUUCGAGCAAGAAGAAGAAGGCUAAGAAGGAGAAGCAGGAGAGUGCUGUUGCCGAGGGUGCUGGAACCACCAGCUCAAAUGAUGAGAAAGAGUACACCAUUCCACCAAAGACUGAACGAAGUGCUCCAGGACAAAAGUGGACAGCAGACCUAACUUAUGUGGACAAGGAUGAUAAUGUUCAUGAGAUUCAGAGAGAACUUCAAGAUUCUGAAUGGGUGGUUUCAUAAUCACAUCCUGGCAAAGGUUUAUCUGAUCAAGAUUAAUCAAUUAUUCUUGAUAUUAAUCUGCCACCACCAAAUUUGAAUUUUCCAUUCUUGUAUUCUCAUGGCGUUUGAGCCUUCCUUCACAUGUACAUUGUGAUAUUCGGGGGGGAAGGGUUAGUUUUGACUGCAUAGGAUCUCAAUGACUUCUCUAAAAGUCUUUGCAUUGGUAUCAUGGAUGGUUGGCAUAUUGCAUAGGUUGAUGCACACACUGAAUGACGUUUCCGAGUUAUCUUGAUUUGAUUGGCGUCUAUGGUCAAACUUUUCUAAAUUCGUAUGACAAAUGGGAUCAGAUUAAAAAUGCAGUUUGUUUAACUUUGCCUCUUUUUUUUUUUUCGUUUUUCUACUUUAAUCUACUUUUCUGUUCAUGGUCGGUCAUGUCAUGCAUGAUCUUAAACAAAUGUACUAUCAAAUGAUAUUUAGGUCCUUGCAUGGUUUCGUGGGGGCCAACAAUUCAUAGGAAAAAAUGAUCAUGUCUUUAAAGUAACUUUG